GUAUAUCGAGCAAAAGAAAGAAUUGACGAAGAAUUUGCCCGAUCGGACGACGAUACUGAGCCGCCCAUUCAAGAAGCGAAAGAAGUUAAAGAUGAUGAAAUCAAUAAGGAAGAUACCAAGCCAAAAGCAGAAAUUAGGAAAUAAAAUCUUCACGGAAUUGCUUAUUCAUUCUCGUAGAUGUUAA